AACCCUUGCAACCGAAAAAACAAACAAAACCAUUUUGGUGUUUUCGUAUUCCUUCAUUCAAACCAAUUCCAAAUUUUCAUCCAAACACUCCAAAUACCAUUCCCAUUUUCCUCUCUCAAAAACCCAUCUCUCUCUCUCUCUCUCGAUAUAAACCCAUUUGCAGAGAGGGUGAGAGAGAGGAUGAAUUCUCUUCACCUUACAAAUCCUAACCAUCUGAUCCCUUCUCCAUCAGCCUCAGUUGGAUUCCAACGGAAUCUCUCGCGACGCCAUCCCGGCAUCGGUCUCGGCCCCAAGAAUCGAAAAAAGAGGAGUUCGAAGAGCUGUGCCGAUGGCGGCAUGGUCUGCUGCUCUUCUUCCUUCUCGUCUCCUUUUACGGCCAUGGAAUCGGCCAGGAUCAAAGUGGUCGGAGUCGGAGGAGGCGGUAACAAUGCCGUUAAUCGGAUGAUUGGAAGCGGACUCCAGGGUGUCGAGUUCUAUGCCAUAAACACGGACUCUCAGGCGCUGUUGCAUUCCUCAGCAAAGAACCCACUUCAAAUUGGAGAGCUUUUGACUCGUGGAUUAGGAACUGGCGGGAAUCCACUUCUUGGAGAACAAGCUGCAGAGGAAUCUAAAGAUGUGAUUGCCUGUGCUCUCAAGGGUUCAGAUCUUGUGUUCAUAACAGCUGGUAUGGGUGGGGGCACGGGUUCUGGUGCUGCUCCUGUUGUUGCUCAGAUAUCAAAGGAAGCUGGUUAUUUGACUGUCGGUGUGGUUACCUAUCCUUUCAGCUUUGAAGGUCGUAAAAGAUCAUUGCAGGCACUGGAGUCUAUAGAGAAAUUGCAAAGGAAUGUUGACACUCUCAUAGUGAUUCCUAAUGAUCGGCUUUUGGAUAUCGUCGAUGAACAAACACCCCUUCAGGACGCCUUCCUGCUUGCAGAUGAUGUUCUACGCCAAGGGGUGCAAGGAAUUUCUGACAUUAUCACGAUACCCGGACUGGUAAAUGUGGACUUUGCGGAUGUCAAGGCUGUCAUGAAGGACUCCGGAACUGCAAUGCUUGGAGUCGGUGUUUCCUCCAGCAAGAACCGUGCAGAGGAAGCAGCUGAGCAAGCAACUUUAGCCCCUCUAAUUGGAUCAUCAAUUGAAUCAGCUACUGGAGUUGUGUAUAACAUCACUGGAGGGAAGGACAUAACCCUGCAAGAAGUGAAUAGAGUCUCCCAGGUUGUUACCAGUUUGGCAGACCCUUCUGCUAACAUAAUAUUCGGGGCUGUUGUUGACGACCGCUACACAGGUGAGAUCCACGUGACAAUCAUCGCUACUGGGUUCUCGCAAUCAUUUCAAAAGACUCUAUUGACAGAUCCAAAGGCAGCCAAGAUGGUAGAAGCCCAACAAGCGAACACCAAGGGACCCAUCCCACACAAUACUCCCGCUGCCACAUCUCGGCCUAGACGUCUCUUCUUUUGAUCUUCUCUCAUCUCUUAUGGUUGUUUCAUUUGGGAUUUUUUUCUUUUUUCUUUUUUUUCUUUUUUUAAUCAGAGGCGCCAUUUCUUUUGUUGCAGUAUUUGUUUCUUCUUUUUUUAAUGCAUUCCCAUAGGGUUGGUUUGGA